UACAUUUUUGUUUUUUUCAUUCAAGUCAGAAGUUAAAUGGUAGUUAAUUGUUAUUGUUCAGUGAAAAUAGUAUCGACAAACUUGUUUUUGCCGUGCUAAAAAUGAUAAUUAUAACCAGUUAACCCUUAAGUAAUUUGAGGACGCUUGUGAUAUUUAUUUAUAUUAGUUCGUAAGGUUGUAGAGUGAAUAUAUUCCUGUAAAAUGCGGUAUAAAUCAAGGAUGUUUUUUUUUGGCCUCAUCUUAGCUUUCGUUUGUGUUAAUAAGGUCUUUUCUGCCGAUAGUAAUAGUAUAUUAAGCCGAACAGAUGCUCCAUCGAAUCCUUUAAAACCAAGAUCGGCACCUUCGGAAGGCCAUUGUAUUUGGUUUGGUCAGUGCAAUCAGAAGGGAUCAUUGAAACAGAACUGCGUCUACAAUGGUACGGCGAAAUCCCUCAACCAGACGUCGUUUGACACGUUCAAACAAUGGUGUCCGCACAUGGAUCCCACACAAGUGUGCUGUGAUGACGCCCAAGUCGCAACAAUGUCCGCCAGCGUUACUCUGGCCGCAAAUUUUCUCAAAAGGUGUCCCAGUUGUAUGUCAAAUUUAGUGAAACAUAUAUGUGAGUUGACUUGUUCACCUCAUCAGUCCACCUUUAUUGAAGUAGUUCAUACUAAUGUCAGCACCCAAACUAAUAGAAGCUAUGUGGAUGUGGUCAAUUACUACAUCACUCAAGAUUUCCUUGAGAAAACCUACAAUUCCUGUAAACAGGUCUCUGUACCCUCUACCGGCCAACUGGCUAUGGAUCUCAUGUGUGGAAAUUGGGGUGCUCUGAGGUGCUCCGCGAAUCGUUGGUUCGAAUAUAUGGGUACGGCGGACGAGAAGAAUAAUCCUUUUGUUCCAUUCCAAAUUAAUUACAUCAAUUCGACUAGUAGCAAAGUGGGAAAUUACACCCCCCUGAAUUUGGAUAUCACACCGUGUAAUAAAGGAUUGGACGCCAAUACACCAGCUUGUAGUUGUGUCGACUGCGAAGCAAGCUGUCCUGUUCCCCCACCGCAGCCCCCUAAACCAGCCCCCUUUGUUAUAGUUGGUUUUAAUGGUUUGGCCUUUUUGAUGACGGUAGUUUUUGUCAUUGGAUCUGUUCUUUUCUUGCUAGCGGUAUUUUUCUGUUCAUCUGGGGGUGGAUUAGGCGCUCGGCUAAUAGAUGAAACAGAGUGUGACCGCGGUGUGUCAGAUGUUGAAUUGGAAAAUAACGACGAAAACGUUAACUCCGAGUGUUGUCAAGCGGGCCUGGGGCAUGCUUCGGAGGAGAUGCGAGCAGCAGUGGGACGGCGUUUGGCCUCGGAAGGCUUCCACUCGUCGCAAGUGGCGCUGGGCGACGCGUCCGCAGGAGAAGACAGCCCUUUGCAGAGCAGCCAUCGAUCCAGUGUUACAUCAGAUUUUGGUCAUGAAAUGGAUACACAUUCUAUUAACAAGAUGCCGGGUGAAUAUGAACAUGCCUCAUCGUUUAUUGAAAGGUUGGGAGCCAACACUGAUUCCUAUUUACAAAAGUUCUUUGAAAAAUGGGGUACAUUUUGCGCAAGGAAACCUUGGUUAGUUCUGUUUGUAGGCACGUGUGUAGUAGUUGGUCUUGGACAUGGUGUUAAAUACCUUCAGAUUACAACGGAUCCAGUUGAAUUAUGGGCAUCGCCAACAUCCCGCAGUCGCGUCGAGAAAGAAUAUUAUGACUCACACUUCGAUCCGUUCUAUCGCAAUGAACAAAUUAUUAUCAGGGCCAAGAAUCUUCCGAAAAUCGUGCACAAUACAUCGGUAGGCAAUGUAGUCUUCGGACCCGCCUUCAACGAUACCUUCUUAAAGGAGGUACUAAAUCUUCAAGAGCAGAUUAAAGCGCUCGGAGCGGGCACUGAAUACAGCUUCGAGAAUAUAUGCUUCGCUCCUCUGAGAAAUGUUGGAGAUGAACCGUCCUUAGAUCAGUGUGCCAUACAGAGCAUUUGGGGGUAUUAUCAAGACAGUAUAGAGACAUUCGAUGCAACUGAUCAAGAUCCGGCAGGUUACGAGAUAAAUUAUUUAGAUGCAUUCCUGAGUUGCGCUAGCAAUCCAUACAACCCCCUCUGUCUCGCCCCAUAUGGAGGUCCCAUCGACCCGGCUAUAGCUUUAGGAGGAUUCCUAAAACCUGGUGAAAAUCUGGCCGAAAAUCCUAAAUAUGAAGAAGCUACGGCCGUAAUUCUGACUUUUUUGGUUAACAACUAUCAUAACAAAUCCAAAGUAGUAGCUGCGAUGGAAUGGGAAAAAAUAUUCGUCGAAUUUAUGACAAAUUAUACCAAAAAUAACAUGUCCGACUUUAUGGAUAUUGGAUUUACAAGCGAAAGAUCUAUCGAGGAUGAAUUAGAUCGUGAAUCUCAAGGAGACGUUAUAACCAUCUUAAUUUCUUAUCUCAUUAUGUUCGCAUAUAUUGCCGUUUCUCUUGGUCAGUUAAACAGUUGUUCCAGGCUAUUAAUAAAUAGUAAAAUCACUCUUGGACUUGGAGGUGUGAUUAUAGUUUUAGCCUCUGUAGUCUCAUCUGUGGGUUUCUUUGGAUUUAUACGUCUCCCGGCUACUUUAAUUAUCAUCGAAGUCAUUCCGUUCUUAGUCCUCGCUGUCGGCGUCGAUAACAUUUUUAUUUUAGUUCAGACUCAUCAAAGAGAUGCCAAGAAGCCUGGAGAAAGUAACGCGGAACAUAUUGGACGGACUUUGGGUCAAGUUGGGCCCAGUAUGCUUCUAACCAGCAUUUCAGAAAGUUGUUGCUUUUUCUUAGGAGGUCUUUCUGACAUGCCUGCAGUCAGGGCUUUUGCACUUUAUGCCGGAAUGGCCCUUCUCAUUGAUUUCUUAUUACAAAUUACUUGCUUUGUUAGUUUAUUGUCUCUCGAUACCAUCAGACAAAAUUCAAACAGAUUUGAUAUUUUUUGUUGUUUCCAGGGAUCGAAAAAACGGGAGUCUGACAGUCUCACUAAUCAAGAAGGACUUUUGUAUACCUUCUUUAAGUCAAUUUAUGUUCCUAUCUUAAUGAACAAAUUUGUGAGGUGUAUAGUAAUGAUAGUUUUCUUUGGUUGGCUGUGUUCGUCAAUAGCUGUUGUGCCUUCUAUCGAAAUCGGAUUAGAUCAAGAACUGUCUAUGCCGGAAGAUUCAUUUGUGCUGAAAUAUUUCAAAUUUCUGAAAGACUAUCUCAGUAUAGGGCCUCCAGUAUAUUUUGUAGUUAAAUCUGGACUAAAUUACUCAAACUAUAACGACCAAAAUUUGAUAUGCGGCGGACAGUACUGCGACAUAGACUCGUUGAUUACUCAAGUGUUCGUUGCCAGUAAAACACCUGAAACAACUUUUAUUGCCAAGCCUAGUAACAGUUGGUUGGAUGAUUAUUUCGAUUGGUCCGUUAUUGAUCAGUGUUGCAAAUAUAAUACAACUAGUGGAGGAUUUUGCCCUCACAACAGCGAUUCCGAGGAUUGCGAUGAGUGUAGUAUAUCAACCAAUGCCUCUAUACACAGGCCUAUAGCGACCGAUUUUGACCGCUAUAUAUCAUUUUUCCUCAAGGACAAUCCCGAUGAAGAUUGUGCGAAAGCCGGUCACGCCGCCUAUGGCCAAGGCGUAAACUACCGAACAAACUCGACGACACAUUUGUCAAAAGUAGGCGCCAGUUACUUCAUGUCCUACCAUACCAUUUUGAAAACUUCGGCUGAUUAUUAUGAAAGUAUGAGAGCCGCCAGACAAAUUUCUGCUAAUCUCACCAAAACUGUUGGCGUAGAAGUGUUCCCAUACAGCGUGUUCUAUGUAUUUUACGAACAGUACCUUACUAUGUGGCCAGAUACAAUUCACAGCCUAGGAAUAUCUUUAAUAGCCAUCUUUGUUGUUACAUUUUUAUUAAUGGGACUGGACAUUUUCUCCAGUAUAGUGGUUUUAAUCACCAUUACCAUGAUUUUAGUGAAUCUCGGAGGAUUAAUGUAUUGGUGGCAUAUAACUCUAAAUGCAGUUUCUCUAGUAAACUUAGUGAUGGCUGUAGGUAUCAGUGUUGAAUUUUGUUCGCAUUUGGUGCAUAGUUUCUCGGUGUCUGUAAAACCUACUAGAGUGGAGAGAGCAGCGGAUGCCUUAACGAAAAUGGGAAGCUCGAUAUUUUCUGGAAUCACCUUGACUAAAUUUGGAGGAAUUAUAGUGCUGUACUUUGCGAAAUCUCAAAUCUUUCAAGUAUUUUACUUCAGGAUGUAUUUAGGAAUUGUACUUUAUGGGGCGGCUCAUGGAUUGGUAUUUUUGCCGGUGCUGCUUAGUUUUAUAGGCCUGAUGACCAAAAAAAGAACUCGUCAAAUAUCACAGCCUUCCAGUUCUCUGGAAGGAUCUGGAGAGCCAAACGUUACGUCGCCUCUGUUACCCUCUACAUCGAGACAGGGUUAUAACUCUCUGAGACCAGAUUACACUUAAUAAUCUGCGGCACUUAUUUAGUUUAAUUCGUUCUGUACAUUAUUUUUAAUAUUCAGACUAUAUCUUAGCUAUUUAUUUUAUUAGUUGGUGUCAAACUUCCGUUUUUUGAGGACUUAAUUUUUACGUUAGUAUAAUUGGAGAGGAAAGGUUGAGCUAGGAAACAGAAAAUUUAGUAUGUAAAUAUUUAAUAGAAAAUUAAGCAAAAUACGAUGUUGCCAGUGUGAAGAGACAGUUUUAUAUGUUAAAAAUGUAAGAGUGUUAAAUAUUUAGAUGUAUGCCUUUUUUGUAUUUUGUUAUAAUUAUUAACAAUUCGUUCUAAAAUUUUACACUUUACGCUGAAAUGAUAUUGGUCAGCUAACUGGUCUUAUGAGAGUGUAUUGUGAUAAGAUAUUUGUUAAGGUUUAAUACAUUUGGCGACUUUGUUUUUUUAUUGUAGAAAAAUUAUAAUUUAGCAGGUCUAAUUUUAGUUUUGUUAUUUCAUUUGUAAGAAUCUGUGACCAAAGUAUUUAAGAUUUUAAUAUCUUACAAAAUACAAUUUUUCCUAUAUCAUUGGGUAUAAAAAUAAAUUUAAUUUCUUUUUUUUUUAGAUUAUAUCUUGUUAAAAAAAAUUCUAUUUUUUUGUAUUUAAUUCUUGAUGGUUUUGUAGAUAAUGCUUUUGUACUAACAUUGCAUUUUCUGUAAAUACAUUGCAGGUAUUUACAAAAAGUACUAAACAAAAUAAAAAAAACUAAGAAAAAUGGAAGACUGUUAUAUAUCACAAAUAUCUAAACUAUUAUUGAUUUUUUAAAUUAUAUUAGAAAAUGUUUAUUGUAUACAUACGUAUAUUCUAAAUUUUGUUAGGUGUAUUUUUAGUAGCCAUUGUGAGCCUAAUUAUAUCUAUUUUUAGUUAGAAACGAGCAUGGUUUUUGCGUCCAUUAUUUCUUUUUGCUCAUAUGUGCAGGGUGUUGUGUGGUUUAAAUUAUUUUGAUAUACUUUGGUUUAUUACAGUAUUAACAUUCCAUAAAGUUCUAAAUUCUA